AUGCAGCUGCAAGGCAUCUUUGCUCAGCUGGGAGCCAUCAUGCUCCUGGCGCUCACCGCCACGGCUGCUCCCAACAACAACGGCCAGUGGAACGCGCACAAGAAGCAGCCCAACGUGAUCCAGCUGAUCUCUGACGGCUUUGGACCGGCCUCGGAGACGUUUGCGCGCGAGUUCCUGCAGACGGCCAAGCACCAGGGAUGGAACGUCACGCUGCCGCUGGACAAGCUGCUGGUGGGUGAGGUCCGUACGCGCUCGACCAACUCGCUGGUCACGGACUCGGCUGCCAGCGCUACUGCCUACUCGUGCGGUCUCAAGAGUGUCAAUGCCUACAUCGGUGUCGACUCGGACAAGAAGCCGUGUGGUACUGUCCUGGAAGGCGCCAAGGCCAAAGGAUACAACACCGCGCUGGUGACGACUUCGCGCAUCACGCACGCUACGCCUGCUUCGUACUCGGCGCACAUCGACGACCGCGAUGCCGAGGACGAGAUCGCGAGCCAGCAGAUCGGCAACUACAUGCUCGGCCGCCAAGUCGACAUCCUGUGGGGUGGUGGAUUGCGACACUUCUUGCCCAACACCACCAAGCCCGGCAUCCGCACCGAUGGGCGCAACCUCAUCGAGGAAUCCAAGAAGCGCGGCUUCAACUUGGUCAACAACCGCACCGACUUUGAUGCUCUGCAAGGCGGCAACAAGUUGAAGCUGCCCUCGCUCGCGCUAUUCACGGCUUCACAUAUGGCCUACGAGGUUGACCGAAACGCGACGCUCGAGCCGAGUCUCAAGGAGAUGGCCUUGACCGCACUCAACGGGCUUCGCAACCAGAACGAGCCCUACUUUAUCAUGAUCGAGGGCGCGCGUAUCGACCACGCUGCGCACAACAACGACCCCAUCGGCCACAUUCACGACAUCCUCGCGUACCAGGAGAUGGUGCAUGCUGUCGUGGACUGGGUGGACAACAACGCAGCCAACAACGCCCACGAGCCCGAGACGGUGGUGUUCAGCGUGGCCGACCACGAGUGCGGUGGGCUGACGCUGGGCCUGCAAAGGAGCGAGGACGAGGAGGCACUCUACGGUUGGUACCCUGACGUCCUGCUCAAUGCGACGCGCUCGACCGAGUUCCUGGCUGCGCAGACAGGCAAGUGGGUCGCCGCUGCCAACCGCACCGACGCCGACCUGCGUACCUACAUCAAGACGGAAAUCAUCGGCAAGGGACUCGGCAUCGCAGACGUGCAGGACGGCGAGAUCCAGCGAGCGGUGGAGCUGUCCAAGCUCAAGAACCAGAUCCCCUACACCGUGUGGCUGUCGUCGAUCGUCAACUGGCGCGCGCACCUGGGCUGGUCCACCACGGGCCACUCGGGCGUCUCUGUGGGGCUGUACUACCACGAAGCCAAACCCAAGGACGUGUGGAGCGAGCAGUACAAGCGCUACCAGCAACGCCGCUCGUCGGUGAUAGGCUCGCACGAAAACACAUGGAUCGGCAAGUGGAUCUCGUCGUACCUGCAGCUCGACCUGACUUCGAUCACAAAGACGCUCAACAACGGCUCGGACUACAGCUGGUACAACAACUGGGGCGACAAGCUCAACACCUUCACCGACAAGUUGGAGCACUACCAUGGAGGCCUCGCGCGUGUGAUCCCACCUCGUUCGGCUUCGGAGAAGAGGGAUCUGCACAUCGACUCGCAUGCCGAGAACGAGCCGCUGAUGAGAAGGAUCCACGGCCCUCGUGUGGCCGGUGCGACCAUCGAGGAGAGGUCGCACUCGUCGGCUCAUCGUGAGGAGCUCUAA